AUUGAGUCGGCGCUGUCGAAUCAACAGGCUUAUUCAGCAGUGAUGAGCAUUCUAAGUCCGCAGGCCCAUUGUGGCAGAAACUUCUACAAAAGAAAAUCACAGCAUCAGCACAGUUUCAAAUCGUUCUAUCCAAAGUUCGAUGCCAAGAAUGAUUCAAUGUACAUUUUUUUGUUUUCAAAGAUUUGUCCUUUUAUGCAAGUAGUGGAGUGCGUAUUCUUUUGCUUGAGAGAGAUCUUCCGUGUUGUAACGGGCUUUUUGUACGAAGACCAGGCGAAAAUUCGCAUUUCAUGUAUACCGAAUAGAGACGAGGUAGAACUGUGGGAUACAUUGCGAUCGGCAGUCAGCAACGGUAGCAUAACCUUGACAGAUACAUAUCCGCAGCAGAAACUUUCCACGUCCCCAGGAUUUCCCAAAAUGGAGCAGAUACAUUCAAGAAAGAUAUGGGGCAGCUCUGGACAGUUUGCCGGGUCUCGAAAGCGUAACAUUGGGCAAAAAGUAUGUGAAGCAAGGCAGUACUUGAAGAUCAGCCUUUUCCACCAGUCUGGGAAGAAGAUGUCAAGAAGCUUUCUUCAACGGAAAAGAAUGAAGCAAGUGGAUAGAAUCUAUUCGAAAUGGGUAGAUCUCUAAGUGGUCCAAGAAAAACGAUCCUACUCUAUUGUGUAUAGAAUGUAUAAUAGCUC